AUGUUCCCCGAGAUUGAGAUGGCCGACGAAAAGCCGGCAACCAGCCGUUCAGGUGAAGUCGUGGAGGUUCAUGGUCAAUUAUUUGAAGUAGGACCUCGAUAUGUGAACGUCGCCUUUAUCGGUGAAGGCGCCUAUGGAGUAGUAGUUUCCGCUUUGGAUACAGUAACCGGUGAACAUGUGGCCAUCAAAAAGAUCUCUCCAUUCGAACAUCAGACGUUCUGUCAGCGAACUUUACGAGAAAUCAGGAUAUUAACGAAAUUUAAUCACGAAAACAUUAUCGACAUACAGGAAAUUAUUCGAUCGGCUUCAAUUCUACGUGGUCUCAAAUACAUUCACUCAGCGAAUGUAAUUCAUCGCGAUUUGAAGCCGUCAAAUAUCCUGCUCAAUAGUAAUUGUGAUCUCAAAAUCUGUGACUUCGGCUUGGCUAGAAUAACAGAUCCACGUAAAGAUCAUACUGGAUUCCUUACGGAAUAUGUGGCGACACGGUGGUAUCGUGCACCCGAAAUCAUGCUCAAUUCCAAAGGCUACACGAAAUUGAUUGAUGUCUGGGCUGUUGGCUGCAUACUUGCCGAAAUGUUCAACAAUCGACCACUUUUUCCUGGCAAGCAUUACAUUGAUCAAUUAAAUCUCAUACUUUGUGCACUUGGCUCGCCGUCACACGAGGAUCUGCAGUUUAUUUUCAACAUGAAGGCACGUGCAUUUUUGGCUCGAUUGCCGCAGAGGCCAAAGCAACCCUGGUCAUCGCUCUAUCCUGACGCAGAUCCCGAUGCAUUGGAUCUUCUGGACAAAUUACUAACGUUUAAUCCUCAGAAAAGGAUUGAUAUUGAUCAAGCGCUCGCUCACCCAUAUUUCGAGCAGUACCACGAUCCAACUGAUGAGCCGGUAUGCGAAGAGCCAUUCACAUACGAGAUGGAGCUCGAUGAUUUACCGAAGGAUAAAUUGAAAGAGCUUAUUUGGCAAGAAACAGAGUCGUAUAACGUUCGUGUACAACGUGAAGCCGCUGAAGCUGUUGCAGAAGAGUCAGCUGCAGUGAUGGUCACCUCCUAA